AUUUAUUUUGUCGGAAACCUCGCGCUUCCGCCGGUACAGUAUUUGUUGCCAGAGUGAGAAGUCGAAGCAGCAGUAACCGAUAAACUCUUCUCUUUCAACGGGGAAGACGUGGGUUCUAUCCACGGCACGCCUAAACAGGGUGUUUUUUUUUUUUUUUUUUUUUUUCCGCUCCAACCCCCUACUGCCUUUUCUGUUUUUGGAGUUGUAUAUAUUAUAUAUAUAUUUUUUACAUCACCAUCCAAGAGCCUUUACCUGGUGGUUUACAUGGUCUACGUUCAGACUGCGCCCGUUGACGGACUUUGGCCUCGGACGUCCACGACACCACACGAGGAAACAUGAGCUCGGCCAAGGCCAGCGGUAUCAAAGUGCCCAGUAAGGUAGCUCGGGUACCAGGUACCGGCGCACCAAAGACCAACCCGGCCUCAGGAAGUAAAACCGCCGUGGUCGAAAAAUCUGCCUCCGGCGUGGACGACAACAACGAUGACGGCGAUAGCUUCCAGAUAGGCGAGCGCGUCUGGGUGAAUGGGACCAAACCGGGCUACGUGCAGUUUUUGGGAGAGACCCAGUUCGCCCCGGGACAAUGGGCGGGCAUCGUGCUGGACGAGCCAAUCGGAAAGAAUGACGGCUCGGUGGCGGGCGUGCGCUACUUCCAGUGCGAGGCCCUGCGAGGGAUCUUCACAAGACCGUCCAAGCUGUCGCGCACCGAGGGAGAGGGCGACGGCACCCAGACGGCACCACCCUCCCGCGCCGCCUCGCCCGCCCGGUCCGUAGCCAGCGUGGCCUCCCACGCGCCCGCUGUCAAGUCUGCAGCAGCCAAGAAGACCUCGUCCGCGAUCCCAACGGCGCAGUCUUCCAACCUGGCUCGCACCAACAGCGAAUCAGUCUCCAACCUGUCAGAGAGCGGUUCGGUCAAGAAAGGGGAACGGGAGCUCAAGAUGGGUGACCGGGUGUUGGUCGGCGGUACCAAGGCAGGAGUGGUGCGCUUUAUCGGCGACACGGAUUUUGCGAAAGGCGAGUGGUGUGGUGUGGAGCUGGACGAGCCCUUGGGGAAGAAUGACGGUGCAGUGGCGGGCACAAGGUACUUCCAGUGCCAGCCCAGGUACGGCCUAUUUGCACCGGUGCACAAAGUCACGCGCAUCGGGUUCCCCUCCACCACGCCGGCCAAGGCUACGGCUCGCAAGGCGGCCGUGACGCCAGGCGGCCUGAAGCGCAGCCCCAGCGCCUCCUCCAUCAGCACCAUGAGCUCCGUGACCUCCUCGGUCAGCACCAAGGCCAGCCGCACUGGCCUGCUGACAGAAACGUCGUCACGGUACAACCGCAAGAUCUCAGGCACCACGGCCCUGCAGGAGGCUCUAAAGGAGAAGCAGCAACACAUUGAGCAGCUCAUGGUGGAGCGGGACAUGGAGAAGGCCGAGGUGGCCAAAGCCACCAGCCACGCCAGUGAGAUGGAGCAGGAAAUCUCGCUGCUCAGGGAUGACCAAGAGCAGAUGGAGGCUAAGAUGGAUCAGUUACGUGCCUUGGUGGAGGCGGCUGACAAAGACAAAGUCGAGCUGCUCAAUCAACUCGAGGAGGAGCGGAGAAAAGUGGAAGACCUUCAGUUCCGCGUUGAGGAGGCGUGCAUUACGAAAGGUGACCUGGAGACGCAGACCAGGCUGGAGCAUGUCCACAGUAAGGAGCUUGAACAGAGUCUACACUUUGAAAAGACCAAAGCUGAGAAGCUUCAAAGAGAGUUAGAAGACACUAGGGUUGCCACCGUGUCGGAGAGAUCCCGUAUCAUGGAGCUGGAGCGGGACCUCUCGCUUCGCACCCGGGAGGUCGCCGACCUGCAACUCCGUCUGGGCUCCCGGCAGGCCUCCGACGACCCUGACGGCGGCGGCGUCUCUCCCCUAUUGGAGGAGAUCACGUCCCUGAGAGACCGUCUGGCCUCACUGGAAGCCGAACGGCAGGAGGAGCUAGCCAGGUUACGGGAGAAACUGGAGUCUCACGAGAAGGCGCACGGCGAGGCGACCGCCCAGCUCCAGGCCGCCGGCGUCAAGCUGUCCGGCGACAACGAGCAGCUUCGCAUGCGCCUGAGCCAGGCCGAGAAGGACAAUGCCGACGUGCUGGAGAAGCUGAAGCUGGAACACGAGCGAGCCCUGGAGGAAGCCGCCGCCGCCCGCAACAUGCAGAUUCACGAGCUGAAAGAGCGUCUGGCCUCCCUCGCCGAAGACAAGGAGCGCCUAGAUGACGCCGUGCGCGCCGGCGUUGACAAAGCUGAGAAUCAGCACCUGGUGGAGCUGGAGGACGUCCUCGGAAAGCUCCACGCGGCCGAGCUCAAGGUGAAGGAGCUGGAGGAGAUGGGAGCGCAGCUAGCGCGCCAGGCCCAGGACGAGAGAGAAACCAAAGAGACGGUGGCACAAAUGGUCCGAUGUUUGUGUCUUAGCCAAAGCAACCAGAAAGCACCACUGGAAGAUCUUCCAAAUCAAGGAAACCCACAGGCAACUGAGUUAGUUGGUGAACUGAGAUCACUGCUGGAAGGCAAAGAGAAUGAAAUCCUGUCACUCCAGCAAAGCUUAGCCAGUGAAAAAGAAGCUGUGGAGCAGCAGCUUGGAGGCCUGAAGCAACAGUUGGCUAUAAGCACAGAGGAGCAGACUAAAUCUGCAAAAACUAUGCAAGAAACCCUUGAGAGGUUCAGCAAAAAGGAAGAGCAGUGCACAACUCUUACCACAGAAUCAGAGUCUCUUAGGAGUCAGCUUAGUGGGCUGGAGAGGAAGCUGGCGGCUGCGGACGAGAAGGUGCGGCAGCUGGGCGAGGACAAGAGCAAACUGGAGAAAGACAUUUCGGACAUGAUGACGGCAUCCGGCGACAGUUCGUUGCAGCUGAGCAAAAUGAAUGAAGACCUUCGGCAGAAAGAAAGGAGGCUCGAGGAGUUGCAGAGUCAGUUGGUGGAACAGAAGAACGAGGUGGCCCUCUCCAAUGAGCAACGGGAGCAGGAUCUGUCGCGCAAAGACCAGGAACUGUGUGAGACGCGAGACAACCAUGCAGCUCAAAUGAAAUGUCUCCAGGAGAAGAUUGCGACAUUGGAGAUGAGUGUGCAGCAGAGUGCAAGCCAGGCCGAGGAUCUUAAGGACUCUCAGGCAAAGGCUCUCAACCAGGCCUCCGAGGUCCACGGCAAGGAGGUCCAAGGGCUGCGAGACAAACUGGACAAUCUGAAGAAGGAGCUCUCCUCCUCCAAGGACAGGAGCCAGGAGCUGGAAAAGAUGGUGUCUGAGCUGAAGACGUACAAGGAAAAGCUUCAGCAUCUUUCCGCUGAGCUCGACUCCUCCAAGCAUAAUGUUGAACACUUGUCCGCAAAACUGGAAGAGCAGACUGUAGCUCUGGAGCGCAAGUGUCAGGAUAGCGAGGAAGCUCGCGCUGACACGUGCAAAUUGGAAACGCAGCUCUCAGAGGCGCAGAGCAAGCUUUCUGCUCUCCGGGAUCUUUCCGUACAGAACGAGGACCUCCGGGUUACCGUAGAGAAGCUCUCAAAGGAGAGGGAUGAAUUACUCGACGGCAACAAGGGCUCAGAGGUAGAAAGAACGUCACUCAAGGACCAGUUGGAGAUUCUCAAAAAAGGUCUCCUGGAGGCGCAGGAUGAAAACACCACCCUGAAGAGCACAAAUAUCAAACAGCAGUCCGAUCUUGAGGAUCUCCGGAAACAAAACGAGGAGAAGAAUGCCACGCUGCACAAACAGAAGCAGGAUGCGCGGCGGGCUGAAAGUCACAACAAGCAGCUCCUGGAGGACUAUGAAAACAUCUGCAAAGAGCGCAGCAGGCUCGAGGAGGACCUCAACGAGAGCAGGUCUAAACUCGCGUGCGAGAACGACAAGCUCCUCUCGGAGUUGGAUGCGGCCAAAACCGGCAAGAAGUGUCUGGACGCCAAGAACGCAGAGUUGCAGGCCAAGCUGCAGUCUCUCAACUUGGAGAAAGAAGAUCUGACAAUGACAAACAAUCAGCUGCAGUCUCUCGUAGAAACGCUAAGCAAAGAGAAGGCCACCAUGUCCUCCGAAAUCAGCGCGGUCGCGUCGGACAAAAAGAACCUCGAGGCGUUGAAGGAGGAACUGCAGAAUAAGCUCAACCUCGCCAAGAAGGAGCUGGACAGCUCCGUCCGCGAAUGCGAAGACCUGAAGGCGUCUCGCCUCAGCCUGGUCCAGAUGCUGGAGGAGUCCAAGACCAGCAGCCAAGUGACGCAUUCCGAAAGGCUUCAUCUCCUGCAGGAGAAGGAGGACUUGCUCGCCUCACAGAGGAAAGUCUGUAAGGAGAAGGAGGAGCUGCUUAAAGAUAUUGAAGAGCUGAAAGAGAAGAUCAAAGAGUCUGCCCAGCAACUGACUCUGUCCAACCUAAAGCUGACCGAGAUGUCUGCAACUUUGGAACGAGAGAGGGAGACGUUUGGCACGCAGAAUUCCGAAAGCUCAGAGGCUCUGCAUGCUCUGAGGAAGGAGAAACUGACCCUCCACGCGGCGCUCGAGCAGCAGAAGACAAAUUACGAGCGUCUGGCUGGUGAGAAAGGCGAAAUAGAAGCAAAGCACUCCAAGGCCGCCGCUGACAUUAAGGACCUCUUGCAAGAGCGGGAGAAGCUUGUGAGUGACAUCCGAGCCACAAAGGAUCAAUUGGACAGCUCUUCCAGAACUCAGGGCGAUAUCGAUCAGGAGAAGUCUCGCUUAGAAGGGAUGCUGGAGGAAGUCACGUGCAAAACAAAUUCAGUCGUAGCCCAGUUGACGUCUUUGGAAAAAGAAAAGGCCCAGCUCGAGAGCGAACUGGGGAAACGUUCCUCCCAAAUCGAACUCCUGGAAAAGGCCAAUGCCGAUCUGGCUCGAGGACGCGGGGAGCUCAAAAUGCAUCUGGAGCAAUCCACCUUGGAAUUGAAAGGGCAAGUCGACAAACUCUCCAAACACACGGCGGAAUCGGAUGCUAAAAAGAAGAAGCUCCUCGAAGAGAUCCUGGAGCUAAAAAAACAGACGGAGUCGUUGUCCGAGGCCAAGCAGCAUCUGGAGGAACGGCUCGAGGCGGAAUCCAGUGAACGGACUCGGGCCGCUUGGCAAACGGAGGAGUUGCAGAACACCCUGUCCCGAGUUCGGCGGGACAACGACGACAUGUCCGCCCAACUUCAGAACGCAGACGAGCAGCAGAAGUCUUUAACGGCAGAAACCGACCUGGCAAAAGCAAAACUCAAGGAACAAGAGCUAGUGACCCGCCGCUUGUCUGAAGACAAGCGAGAGCUUUUAUCCAAAUUGGACGAGACCGACAAACGGGUGGCGGCACUGGAAACGGAGAAGGAGGCGCUCCUCGCUGGACGCAGUCGCUCUGAGCACAACGUGUCCCAGUGGCUUGUGGAAAAGUCACUGCUAAUUGGCCAGCUUGAGGACUUGCAGGAGGAUGUGAAGACCCUCCGAGUGGACACGGCCGCCACGGAGAAACGCCACCAAGAGGCUGUGGCCGAAGGAGAGCGGCUCCAGUCUCAACUUAAACAGGCCAUUGCUCAGCAGCUUGAGGCUUCCGAGGCUUCCGGCCAGACCGCCGAGGCCCUUGAGCAGCUGACCAAGGAGAGAGACGCUUUGCUCCAAGAUAAGUGUGAAGCUCAAGUUCAGCUGGAGAGUCUUCAUUCUUCCAAGCGAGAAAUGGAAACGCAGAUGGAUGAGCUCAAACAAGAGCAAUCAAAGUACCAGCAAGAGCUGAGCACCUCCAAAGAGCAACUUUAUGCCAAAAGCCAAAAGCUGGAGAGUCUCUCCCGGGAAACCGAGGAGCUCAAAGAAGCGGUGUCCGUUAAGUCACGCUCCCUGCAGUCGAUCCAAAACGAGAAGGACAAGCUGGCUCAGGAUGUCGAGAACAAUCACCAGGACCACAGUGAAUUUAGCAAGCUCAGGGACGAGCACUCAAAACUCCAAGCACAGUUGAAGGAGUUGAAGCAAAGCGAGAGCACUUUGAAGAAGAAGAUGGAGAAGGAGAAUGCCGAGUUCCAAAGGUCCGUUCGUAAAAACGGUGUCUUAGCCUCCGAGAAGGAUCAGCAGAUGGAGGCCCUAAAGAGCGAGCUGGCUGCCACGCGUGUGCAAAGUGCCUCAGCCCAAACCUUGCAGACCGCCAUCGCUGCCUUGGAGCAGGACAAGGCUCAGCUCAAGGAGCGAGUGAAAGAGCUGGAGCAAGAGCUUGCCGCCCCAUCAGGUGAUGUCGUUGUCAGCCAGCUGAGGGACACGGACACGCAGGCCGAGAACCAUCAGGCAGCGAUUGACUUCUUGAAUUCGGUCAUCGUUGACCUGCGGAAGAACAAUUUGGACCUCAAGGACCAGUUGGAGAAACUGGCCGCUGCCGCUCUCAACGGCAACAACGCCAGCGAGUUGGACGACGACGACGGGGAGGACAAGGAGAGCAGCAAGAAGAAGAAAAAGAAGAAGCCCCCUCCUCGACUAUUCUGCGACAUCUGCGACUGCUUCGACCGCCAUGACACGGAGGACUGCCCGGCGCAGGCGCAAACGCCCGACACGCCGCCGCACACCGCCUACCAUGGCAGCAAGGGCGCCGAGCGGCCCUACUGCGACAUUUGCGAGCUCUUCGGCCACUGGAGCCACGACUGCAAUGACGACCGAACCUUCUAAACGCGGCCCGCCUCGGGUUGUCCGUCCAUCGUGCAAAAAAAGCGACUUGAGGGCUAGAACGUGGCAUCCUUGUUUGCACAGCUUGUCACACUCGUGGCAAAAAAAAAACUCGGGAUAUAGGCCGACAUUUUUGCCUCAGCUUAAAACUGGCUAUAAGCUUUA